AUGGCCGCCGCCAGCGCGCCCCCGCUCCGCCGCCGGCCCCGGCUCUUCCCGCCGCGCCGGCGCCCCUCGGCCCGCGCCCCCGGCCCCGCGCCGCCGCCCCGCUCGCCCCGCUCGCCCCGCUCGCCCCGCGGCCCCGCGCGAGCCUCCGGCCGCCGCCGCCGCCUCCCCGCCCGCCGCAGCCCGGCGCGCUCCGCGGCCCCACCUCCCGCCGGCGCCCCAGCCCCCAGCCCCGCCCCGGCCCGCCGCCCCUCGGCGCGCUCGCAGCCGCCCCCUCCCCGCGGCCCCCGGCCCGGCCCCGCCGCGCGCCCGCCCUCUCCUCCCACCGCGCCCGCGCCGCCCCGCCCGGGGGUCCCCGCCGCCCCGCCCCCGCCCCCGGCCCCUCCCCGGGACCCUCCGCCGCCUGCCCCCGGGGUCCCCUCCGCCCCGCCCCCCUCGCCGAGGGACUCUCCUCCCUGCCCCCUUCUCCCGGGGGUCCCCGUCCCCCCGCCCCGGUCUCCCGACGGACCCUCCCCCCGGGGGUCCCCCGUCCCGGCCCCGCCCCCGCCCCCGCCCCCGUGGGCUGAGUCCCGGGGGGCCGUGGGGGCCUCUGCCCGUUUCCUCGCGAGGCGGCCUUGGCCACCGCCCUGGGCCGCCUUUGUUCUCCGCCGGCGGCUCGCGCUCCCCGCCGCUCCGGGGCACCUGCGCGGGGGCCGGCCGCAGCCCCCGGCCAGAGCGGCUGGAGCGCGGCUCGCACGCGGGACUCUGCCCCGGGCCGCGGCCGGCCGCGGGGAGCCCGGGAGGCAGCCGGGGGUGGGGGGGACCCUCCGGACUCUGCGGGGCCGCCUGUGUGGUCCGCGCGGCGCCGAGGUCCCCGGCGACGGCCGCUGGUCACGCGGCGACACGCGGGGAGAGUUUUCUCUGGGCUGGACGGACCGGUUCCUGGGCCUCACCUGGGCCUCUGCAGGGCGACCCGAGCACGGCGGGACCGAACCUUCCAGGGACACGGCGGACCGUCGCGACGACAAGGGAACACAGACCUGCGGGGCGGACCCCGCAGCGGACACGUCCUGGUCCGAGAGCGGCCUCCUUCCGGACAGUGGGCCCAGGACUGAUUUCUCUGCGGUUUUGCUUCCACUCGGCGAACGCACCUGGGAAAGGUGCCACAGGUCUGGCAGCCGGUUCCUGACCCUGUCCGGGUCCGCUCAGAAAUGCACCAGGGCUGGACGCUCCCAAAGCCCUCCGAACCUAAACUCUGCUCGCACUCACAGCCCCGGACCCGCUGAAAAAAAUGGCCUGAGUCCACCAAGAAAGAUCAUCUGCUUUCCCCCGAACUCUCUCACUGCUCAGGGCCGCACUCAGAUCCCCUGGGGAGAACUCAGCAUGAAGUACGCCUGCCCUCCAGGGCUGAAAGAGUGGGUCUUAAGGAAGGUGGGCGUGUAG